ACGCUCACCAGGGACGACCGGGGACUCAUCGGAUUCGUGUUCAGCACAAAAAAAAUGGACCAGUAUACCAAAAUUCAGCUUUCUACCUCACUUUUCCCAAUGACCCUUUUUUUUCAUCUAAUUUUCCUGGACUAUUCAGAUUUUUUCUAAACGACCAGGCUGAGAUUAUUGAUUUUUCAGUGGAACCGUGUACUCAUGGCAAAUUCGCAGAUCCCUCUUCACAUGAACCAUUUUUAUGAUGCAGCUUAUGCCAGUUGGUUAGUUCUCAUAAUAUUGUGUUUACUACAAAAAAAUGUGGCGCAUUCACAAACCGAAGAUGACAAAGACACAAAAAUAUUUUUGGAAAAACAGGACACUACAAAGUUCAACCAUUUGGUGGUGGAUGAAGAUCGAGGAUUUGUGUUUAUUGGAGCAGUAGAUCUCCUCUAUCAGUUAACUUCUGAUUUAGAAUUGGUUGCUAGUUGGAGGCUAGAUAACUCUACUCUGAAAUGUGAUGAUUUCAAAAAUAUAUCAAAGGGAGUGAAAAAAUCAAUAGCCAAUUACAAUAAAAUUCUUGUUCUGGAUUAUAAGUAUUCUCAAUUAAUAUCGUGCUGGAGCACUUGUUAUGGUUUAUGCAAAAUAUACAGCGUUAAAAAUCCAUUAACAGAAAUGAAUACCGAGAUUAAACCGAUAGUAUCUCGAGAUGAAAAUGCUUCAACUGUUGCAUUUACCGUCUCAGAUCCAAAAGUGGUAGCGGGAAAUACAGUUUUGUACGUUGGAGCCACUAUUACAACGAGUCAAUCAAAAGUUCCAGCAAUUUCUACAAUAAGGCUAUACCAGUACCCUGAAUAUAUUUCUUCCCAUGGAAGUAUUGCGCUUAAAGAUGCCUAUCUAGGAAAGUAUAUAAUUAACUACAUAUAUGGUUUCAGUUCGGGAGAUUUUAUUUAUUUUUUAACAACUCAAAUGAAAUCUACACAGCCAUCGUUGUACAUAUCAAAAUUAAUUAGGGCAUCGCAAAAAAAAGUAAGCUACUUUUCCUACACAGAAAUUCCGAUUGAAUGCUUUGACGAAACAGAAAAAAAAUAUAACUUAGCCCAAGCUGCGUUCAUUGGGAAGCCAAGUUUUGAAUUGGCGAAUUCCCUAGGUAUUACUCCACAAGAUGAUGUCUUGUUUGGAAUUUUUGCUCAAAGCGUAAAGCAAACUGUGGGUUAUGAAUCGAGCAAACCAAAUAAUAGAAGUGCAAUGUGCAUGUAUUCGCUGAAAGAAAUAAACGAGAAGUUCAUUCAAAAUAUCCAACGUUGCUGCAAAGGAACGGGGUACCGAGGACUGGAAUUCAUACUCCCACCAGAUCAAAGAUGUAUGAAGAAGAACAUGUCCGCUGAUGACGUAGGCAUUAUAAAUAUGCCUCUCGAAGGUAACUCUCCAGUGAAGACGAAUGCUUCGAUUAUAUUUGAUACGCUCGGGACAGCUGUCCGUGCACCCGCACAAUCAUAUCCAAACAAUUUUACUACUGUCUUUGUUGGUACAAAUACUGGACAUUUAAAGCAAGUAGUGGUGAGAAACAAAUCCAAUACUUACAAAUACAAGGAUAUUGCUAUUGAUGAAGGAUUUGCGAUAAACUCAGACUUACAUUUUGACUCGAAAACAGAUCACUUGUACAUUAUGACUGAGCGAAAGUUGACCAAGAUUAGGAUUUCAUUUCCUAUUCCAUCAAUAUCCUCAUUUCAACCCACACUUGGGCUCUUUGGAGAUGUCAUCAAUAUUACCAUUCGAGGCAAUAAUUUGGAUUGUUCAAGCUACGAUACCCAAUAUACUAGUAUUGCAGUUGCUGGAAUACCUUGUACCGCACGUCGACCUCUGCAUUCGUCGGAAAUCGUUUGCACUAUUAACACUAGAAGUAUAAAUUCAUCAGAACGUAAAGAAUACGAAGGUCCUAUCGAAAUUCGUGUGAAUGACAUUACCACUAAAUCCGAAGAACAUUUUGGAAUUUUUGAUCCGAAAAUCGAGAGAAUUUUUCCAACAGAAGGCUCUUUGUAUGGUGGUAACAAACUGAGCAUUUAUGGUGAAAACUUUAAAGCUAAAAGUUCUGUAAACGUUUACAUUGGAAAUAUUUCAUGUUCAGUAUUUCAUCGCGAUGAAAAUGAAAUAGCUUGUAUUACUGGUCCAUCUCCUGUUCUGAAAAGUAACAUAGCUAUAAAAUUUGGUGAAAACUUUCGCAUAUUCAACAACACUUACAAGUACUUUGACACAGAUCUUGACGAAGAAGGUCACAAUCUUACACUAAAAGGCAUUCCUGCCGGAGGACUCAGCAUUUAUAUGCACAUUAAUCUAUGGUUGAAGAAAACAUCUAUUGAAAAAUUGUUUUUUCAAGUGAAUAACAACAGUCAAACUUACAAUAGUACAAAAUGUGAAGUAAAAAAUUCAACUACGUUUUCCUGUUUAUCACCUCAUAUGCCUGACAUUGACAGAUAUUCGAUAAUUGCGAAAAAUCCUCAAGUAUUUAACUACACACUUGUGGCAUCACUCAACAGGACAAAUGCAGGAAACCCUAUAAUAAUCAAGUCGUUUAAGUUUUUUGUGCACCCAAACCCGGUUUUUGAGCAUUGGUCCGCCACUGAACUUGAUGAAAACAUUCGUUUUGUUAUUAAAGGACGGCAUAUCGAUGAUGUUUGCCGAAUGAAUGAUUUCAUGGUGCGGGUAGGAGACAAAAAUUGCAAAAUACUAAUAUUAUCUCGUAGUGAUCUGACUUGUCAGGUACAAAAAUCUUCACUGAAGUACAAUUAUCCUAAAAAUACGGCUGAACUAGAUUUUUCAACUGCUUAUGGAAAUGUUACUGUGCAAAUUGGGAAUAAUGCCGAGCAAGUUGUACCAUAUUUCAACGCGGAUAUCCCUGUCACCACUUCUGAAAAAUUUGAGUACAAUUGGAUAGUGUAUGCUGUAUGCUUCGGUGCUUUCAUUUUUAUUGUAAUCUUCUCCUUAUUGAUAAAACUACUAAUCGCAUAUCGAAAGAAGUCCUUUGAAAGCUUGAAAAUGUCGAGAGAAAUGCAGCAACAAAUUAACAGAAUGGGCAUGAAUGCGAUAGCGAUGAGACAAUGUAUAAAGCAGAUAGUUGUGGAGAAAAAAAUUGAAGUAGAUGGAAGUUUAGCUAACAUAUUGAAAUUGCCAAAUAUCACAAUCGAGUAUGCGCCUGUUACUGAAACGAAUGAAGAAACUCCACCAGGGAUGGAAUUUUCUCUCCCGUUAGAUACCAAAUGGGAAUUUCCGCGGGAAAAAUUGGUUUUAGGAAGAUUUCUAGGUGAAGGAGAAUUCGGAACAGUUGUCCUAAGUGAAGCUUUGGGCAUCAUAGAUGAGAAUAUCACUACGACUGUGGCUGUUAAAAUGUUGAAAGAAACUCAUUCCGAUGCAGAUAUGAUUGACUUAGUAUCAGAAAUGGAAGUCAUGAAACUAAUUGGAAUGCACCCCAAUGUGUUACGUUUGCUUGGAUGCUGCACUCAAAAUGGUCCCCUGCUGAUCAUUACAGAGUACGCAGAGUAUGGGAAUUUACGAGACUUUCUUCACAAACGACUCCCUUCUGCAAAUAAUACUUCUACUCGCAGCAACUUACCACAAAAAACGUUGAUUACCUUUGGACUUCAAGUGGCUCAAGGGAUGAGAUACUUGUCUUCUAUGAAAUGUGUACAUCGUGAUCUUGCUGCACGAAAUAUUUUAGUAUCAAAUAACUUGGUUCUGAAGAUAGCUGAUUUUGGAUUAGCCAGAGAUAUUAGAAACAAAGACUAUUACAGAAAAAAAACUGGAGGUAGGCUCCCAGUGAAAUGGAUGGCACCAGAAGCACUGCAUCAUAAGCUUUAUACAACUCAGUCCGAUGUAUGGUCGUUUGGUGUAUUGCUAUGGGAAAUUGUGACUUCGGGUAGCUUACCGUAUCCCACAUUCAUCAAGAUGGAGGAAUUGGUACAAGCUAUAGAUGAUGGGUAUCGCAUGAAGAAGCCACAGAAUUGCUCCAUGAAGAUGUACAGCAUCAUGCGUGAAUGUUGGAAUUACUUACCAGAAGACCGUCCCACGUUUUUAAUGAUUGUGGAAAAUUUGGAAGAAAUGUUGUCCAGUGCUGAUGAUAUUGAAAUGUUGGAUGAAAUUGUUUCAUGUGAGCCAGGCACCAUUGAAAUUGACAAUGAAGCUACAGAAUUAGACUACUUAUUCGAAUAAUUUUCUAUGUUUUAAAUUACCUAAAACAAUAAUGAAUGCAACGGCCGCGCCGGGGCUUCCUAAUGUAAUAUUUUGGUAAGAAUAAAUUUAUUUUAUUUUAGCCACCUUACCCAUUUUAAAAUCGAAAA